UCUAGCCUGUAUCUACUACGCAACUUCCGCUAACUCGCUGCUGAGCAAAAUGGACGCCUUUGUGUCUGUUUUCCUCGUAUUCACACUAUAAAUACUGUUUUCACUGCGAUGCACCAACUUUGACGUAGCGAUGUCUGAGCGGCACUGUGAAACGUUUAAGUGAAAAUUGUUACGCAGUGCGAAACGUAGUGCGUGCAUCGUCGUUCGACGGCGAAACGCGUCCAACCAAAUAGGCCACAACCACGGAUGACAAUUGAGCGAGUAUCUUUCGUCGUUGAAAAGUUCUCGCGAACGGAUACGCGCGAAUUGGCCCGCUGUCGCUUGCAGACGUGUAAUUUGGCGACGAUUUCGAGGCGUCGCACGACACAGAGAUCACGGAUACCGAUACGCCUCCCGCCAAAAUCCCGCUCACUGAUCGUAUUCUGGCAAUAUAAAUAAUCAUCGUGCACAGCUCGCGAGAUCGCGGUCACUUGGGAGGUUUCCAGCCUGUAGCAUCAUCCCUAAGGCCAUGUUAUCAUAUGUAUGAUGUUGGAUGGUGGAUACCCAGCAACUGGAGUACAAGAAACUGCUAAUGAUGGACCGAUUGUUGGAGGACCCACGUGCUUCGUCAAAAUUUGGUUGAUAUCGUCUGGUGCAUCAUGGGAACUUAAAAGAGACUUUGUUAAGUUCCCAUUACAGGCUUUAGUGGCAGUGUCGUUUAAGUAUCAUUAGACACAGUUAGGUAUGACAGUGAGAAGUAUCUGUAACAUCGGUAUGCCUUGAGAAUGAGAGUGAAAAGAUUUUGACAAUGAUUUCUUUAAGCAUUCGUGAUAACAGUGCAUUUAGAUAUGUUCUGUUGAUUUAUAUUUACCAUAUACUGUAAACGGAGAAACAUUUCUUCAAAAUAUGUCAGUGCUGUGUUUGUUGCGUUCGAUGAUUCUAUGAACCUUGGAGCACGGCCAAGGACAUCGGAUCUAAUUUUCGUAAUAUUUUUCGUCCAGGCUGUAAUGCCAGAACAAAUUAAAUUCAAGAUGAACGGGGUUAUACCGAGUGUACCGAUCACAACUCUCGCUGGUAUCGCGAGUCUAACCGACUUGUUACCCGAAAUGCCCCUGCCGACACCGCUGCCCCAGACGUUGACCAAUAAAUCGCUCUUGUUUCACCCACGCGUGGCAGAGGAAGCGCAAAUAUUGCUGAGCGUACGUAACGAGAACCUAGUGCCCCAAUUGAUACUCUCGUUGUCGCAGACGUCGUCCGACCACAUCGAAUUGAAGGACAAUUACGCGAACGUGGAACAGCCGAUGGAAACCGAGCAGAACACUCCGGAACUGCUUAAGGCGAUCUUGCAGAUAAAUCCGCACGUGUUCAAGGGGCCUCAAUACAAUUCGCCGCGGAAUUGGGUCCAGGGUACGCCCAUGAUGCACGCGAAUCAAACGUCCGCGAACUACGGACGGUUCUCGCCGUCGUACUCGAGUUCCUCGGGGUCGAGGCAAACGCCGCAGGGUAGCCCGGCUCAUCCCGCUGCGGCCAGGACAGUUUUACCACCGCCGGCCGGUGUCAACCCUAUGCCUAACAUGACUCCUCAACCCAAUAUGUACUCCCCGGCGCACAUGAGCUCCCCCGGCACGCCGUUGACAAACGUCGGCAAUGUGACGCCUCAACACCAUAACAUGGCUGGAAUGACACCCCAGCAUAACAUGCACAUGGCAUCCCCGAUGCGAGCUAACGUACCCAUACAGCAACAUCAACCGAUCAAUAUCCAGCAGAACAUGUUUGAUCCGAUGAUGAAUCAACAAGUACAUCAUUCGUUAGGAACUCCUCAACCGAUGGACAUAGACGGCCCGGUGCAAGAGAAUCCACAGUUUUUACUGGAUCCGGUGACAGGUCUUCCUGAUAUCGAUAUACCGAUAGACAAUAUGCAACAGAUCAAGCAGGACGUGGAAAACGUGACGCAGCAUCUGUUAUCAGCGACGCAAACAUCUUACCCGAGCAUGGACGCCAACAAUAUGGUCAACACGUUAAACACGGCACCGACGCCAAUAAUGCAGCUGCAGCAGAACAAUAACUCGACGGAGAAGGGAGUGAAAAUAGCUGGUUCUUUGCCGGAGAAAUUGAAAGAGCCGGUCGUCAGGUUGGACAGAUUAUCGUUGGCGGAUCAGGCGCUGAUGCAGAAGAGUCUGGCCGCGUUCGCGGAGAAGUCGCCGAGCCGGGCGGCGAAAAUGGGCAUUUCGAACCGCGAGGAAACGAAGUCCGAGUCGGAGAGCGAGGAGGAGAUCAGUAAGAACAACAAACAUUUCAAAGCGCGCGCAAAGGAGCGGCAGGUGCAAAGGGAGAAGGAGAAAGCCGAGAGGAAGAAGAGCGAAGAUAAGGCGCGAAGGCGAAGGAGGCUUAUCGACGACGACGACGACGACGAUGAGGAAGGGGAUAAGAAGGACGUUCUUAUCCAGCCGCUGAAACCAAAAAUCCGAAAAGUGGAGAAGAAGCUCGUUCCCGUGUUGGCUAAGCUCAGCGUGGAGGAACUAAUGGAGACGAACACGUACCAACGUUUCAACACGACCAUCGAAACGAUAUUCGAGAAUACAGAAGACGUGGCGGCCAACGCAGAAUUGGAAGAUGACGGUGACGUGCCUCCGGAAUGGUUAAUUCCCAAAUAUCAAUUGCAGGACCUGUGCGUCGAGGCCGCGAAGUUGAAAGGAUUAGGAGCAAUGGAGUCGAUUCCAGCGGACAGAUUAGUACGACUGUUAAGCAUCUUGGAAAAGAACAUCCGUGACGGAGCGAAGGUAUCGCCGUUGGCGGAUCCCGACGACGACGUGGAGGAGAGUCGACUGUGGACGCAGUUAGCUAUGGAAAGAGUGCAACGAGCCGUCGACGCUUCGUUAAUCGCGUUGCACAUAAUGACGUCUAGCAACAUGCCGAAGAUGGUCUACCUGGAAGACGUAAUCGACAGAAUAGUGCUCUUCAUGAAAUUUCAAUUGCAGAACACCAUCUAUCCUUCGUUCGAUCCGGUUUAUAAAAUAGACACGAAAAGCAAGACUGACAAUUACAACUCUAGCGGGCGAAAGAAAAGGGGUCACACGAAAGAGGUUCGCGAGAAGAGUAUCCUUCAGGUUUACAACAAGAUGCACGAAUUGGUGGGUCUCCUCGCGGAGUUGUUAAAUAUUCAAGUUCUUACAGACACUAGCGUCCUGCACGCGUCUACGUUAGGCGUGGCGCCGUUCUUCGUCGAAUCCGUCAGCGAUCUUCAAUUGAGCGCAUUGAAACUGGUCACGGUGAUCUUUACGAAGUACGAGAAGCACAGGAGAUUGUUGCUAGACGACAUUCUGGCGUCCAUAGCGCGGCUCCCUAGCAGCAAAAGGAGUCUCAGGACAUACAGGCUAAACUCCGAAGAUCACAUUCAGAUGCUGACAGCGUUGGUUUUACAAUUGAUCCAAUGCGUCGUGGUUCUACCGGACAAUAUACUUCCACAAUCACCGCAGCAACAGAAGAAGGACGAAGAGGAGAACAAAGAAGAGAAGAAGCUCACUUACGUGGAUGCCGAUCUAUUAAUUAUAAACAAAUACGAGACCGCAACCAGAAUAGCAGGGAAUUUUUUAACAGUCUUCUUAAACAAAUGCGGAAGUAAAGGCGAGGAGAUCGAUUACAGGCCGUUGUUUGAGAAUUUCGUGCAAGAUCUGCUAGCCACAGUUAAUAAACCCGAGUGGCCAGCGGCCGAGUUGCUCCUGAGUUUGCUCGGGAAUUUGUUGGUGGGUCAUUUCUCCAAUAAGGGCUCUGAUAUGGCGCUGAGGGUCGCCUCCAUCGAUUACCUUGGCGUGGUCGCGGCCAGGUUGAGGAAGGACGCGGUCAGUUCCCAGUGCAAAUUGUCCACAAUCGAUCAGAUCAUAAAAGAUAUCAUGAUCGAGCAGCAAAAAGAUUCCGAUUACGAUCAAGUGAAGGAUAAGGAGAUACCGGGACUGAACGAGGACGAAGAGCGAAUGGUUUUUUUACAGAAAGUUCUACUUGACUAUCUGGCCGUGAACGGAACCAAGGACUCCGCACUGGGCUACGCUCGUCAUUUUUAUUUGGCGCAAUGGUACAGGGAUUGCGCGGUAGAGAAAUCGCGAGUCGGCCAAACGAAGAACAGUCCCAGCAAGAAGAUGCAUAAGAAAAGGGUGAAAAAGAAAAACAAACAUCACUCGAGCGAUCAAGAUUCGGAGUCGGAACUCGACGAGCCGGACCCCGACGAAAACGACAAUAACGACCAGAAGAAUUCGGAGGCGUACAGGAUCAUCGAGGAGAAGAAGAAAUAUAUUAUAAGUAGAAUAAGGCCGUACAGCACGGGCACGAAGUCGGACAUACUUCAGACAUACAUCGACUACAAUUCAGCAGAGCUGAUAUCGCAGUAUCUCGCCUCGAAGAGGCCGUUCUCGCAGAGUUUCGAUCGCUAUCUGAAGCAGAUCCUGCACGUGUUGACGGAGUCGUUCAUCGCGAUCAGGACGAAGGCUAUGAAGUGCUUGACUGUGAUCGUCGAGGCGGAUCCCAGUGUGCUGGCGCGGGUGGAUAUGCAGUUGGGCGUGAAGCAUUCAUUUCUGGACCACGCGACCUCGGUCCGCGAAGCGGCCGUCGAUCUCGUAGGAAAAUUUGUACUAAGUAGGCCCGAAUUAAUAGAUAAGUACUACGACAUGCUGUCGGCCAGGAUCCUAGAUACUGGCGUUAGCGUGCGUAAACGCGUCAUCAAGAUUCUAAAAGAUAUUUGCAUGGAAUGCCCGGAUUUCCCAAAGAUACCGGAAAUCUGUGUGAAAAUGAUUCGACGGGUGAACGACGAGGAGGGCAUUAGAAAAUUGGUAAUGGAAGUGUUUCAGAACAUGUGGUUCACGCCGGUCAGGGAACGUCCAACAUUGGAUUCGGAAUCGUUGUUGAGAAAAGUGAUGAACAUCACGGACGUUGUAGCUGCUAGCAAGGACAUGGGUCUGGAGUGGUUCGAACAGCUGCUGGUUAGUCUGUUCAAGCCGAAGGAAGACAAGGACGAUAGUACAAAGAUGCAAACCGAACCGCCGAAGGCGUUGUUGACGGCGUGUAAGCAGAUCGUUGACUGCUUGAUCGAGAACGUCCUUCGCUUGGAGGAAGCGAAUUUGGAAGAAUCUGAGAAAUCGGGGAAGAAAGGAUCGUCUCAAAGGUUGGUCGCCUGCCUGACAACCUUGUAUCUGUUCGCGAAGAUACGACCGCGGCUACUGGUAAAUCACGCGAGCACGUUGCAGCCUUAUUUGAGCCUGAAGUGUAAAACUCAGGGGGACUACCAGAUCAUUAGCAGCGUGGCGCAUACGCUGGAGCUCGUGGUACCGCUGAUGGAACAUCCGAGCGAAACUUUUUUAGCUCAGCUCGAGGAGGACUCGGUGAAACUUAUCCUACAGCACGACAGAUCGGUCGUCGCGAGCUGCUUGUCUUGCUUAGGCUCCAUAGUUAAUAACGUUACCAGAAACUUUAAAUUGAUACGAGACUGCUUUAAAAAAUAUUAUAAAUAUUUGACGGACUACAAAUCGCUGUACGAGAAAGAGCCGAGCAAUCCGGCGCUCAUGAAGUAUAGACCGCACGUGAAAAGGGCAUUGUUCACCGUUGGUUUAUUACUCCGACACUUCAACUUCACAGAUCCCGAAGUAAUCGAGGGGCUCGAGGAGAACAUAAAGGAUCAAGUAUUCAAAACGUUGAACUAUUUCGUUCAACUAGACAACGACGACAUCCGUAACUUCACCCUGUCCGCGAUUGGUUCCCUGUGCAUUCGCCAUUACGAAUUCAUGCUGCUACCAGAGUUAAAGGAACUGUACCAUCAUUUACUGACGUCGGAGAACGCUCUGGUUUAUAUGAGGAUCCAGGUGCUGAACAACAUCGAAGUGUACUUGCAAGAAGAAGACAAGAGGAUGAUCAAGCAGGACAUGGAGUGGGCGAAGAUGUCUAAGCAGGAGAACCUGAAGGAAAUGGGAGACGUUUCUUCGGGGAUGGCCAGCACGGUGAUCCAGUUGUACGUGAAGGAGAUCUUGGAAUCGUUUCUGCACGCGAACGUCAGUGUGCGGCACGCGGCGCUAAAAGUGAUCCAGUUGAUCUUGGCUCAGGGCCUGGUCCAUCCGGUUCAGAUAGUUCCUUAUCUGAUCUGCAUGAGCACGGACUGCGAGAAGGCGGUCAGUCACAGCGCGGACAAGCAGCUUCAGGACAUCGAGAAGAAGUAUCCCGGCUUCAUUCACAUGAAGUCUCAACUGGGUAUUAAACUGAGUUAUCGACUACAGAAGAUUUUGCAGAACGAAAUCACGGUGAGGGGAAUGAGGGUGAAGGACGGCGAGUUCCCCAGCGCGUUGAACGGAUUCCUAUACACCAUCCUGAGGAACACGAAGCAGCAGAGGAGAGCGAUCGUCCUCUCGUUUCUAAAACAGUUUGACGAAUCCGCGAAGACAAGCCUGUCGCAGAUGCUCUACCUCGCCGACAAUCUCGCGUAUUUUACAUAUCAAGUGCAGGACGAGCCGCUGUUCAUCAUCCACCACAUCGACAUUAUUAUCUCGGUGUCCGGCACGCAUCUGUUGCAGUCGUUCAAGGAAGCGUUGCUACCUAAGGAAGGUAACAGUCAACAGCAAUAUCAUAAUCAACAUCCCCAGCAGCAACAGCAGCAGUCGCAUCAACAUCAGCCUAUCGAGCCGGACGGAAAACCACGACCGGAUCAAUUACUGUCCUCGGUGCUAGAGGAUGAAGAGGACGACGAGGAGGACGAGAACUCGUUACUAGUGAGGCUACCAAGCGACACGACCCUGUUGAGGGAAUAUAUUACGGCCAGCCAAGGUUUCCUGUUGCUGCUCACGCUGAGGCAGCACUUGAAAGACCUUUACGGAUUCUCCGACCAGAAAAUCGGCCAGUACUCGCCGACGGAAGCGGCGAAGGUGUACGAGAAGACGAUGAACCGUAAAAACAAUUUGUUGUUCAAACCGAAGGCCACAUUGCAGAGACUGAACGAAGGCGUGAGCAGCGUGGACCUCGACGCCGAGGGCAGGAAGAAGCUGGUGAAAGAAUACCUGGACUUCAAGCAGCUGAUGCUGAAGUUCGAUCUCGAAGAAGCGGAGGAGGAGGGCAACGAGGGGGACACGAGUGGCAGCAAGCAUACUGAGACGCCUCAAAAAAUUGUCAACUCCGAGCUGGAGAAAAUAGCGGACCCCGGUAAUCAGCAAAUGGCGAAUCAAUAUCAGGGAAAUUUGAACUCGUCCAUGGAGCAUCCGAACAAUUCGGUGAACCCGAUGGUCGCCGGUGGUACCAUCCCACCCAUGCCCAUUCACGCGCCUCCGCCGCCCGCUUCCAUGAACACGACGGCGUCGCACAUAGCGACCCCGCGAGUCCCGAAGUUGACGAUACACGCGCACCACGCGGAGGGUGCGAAGGAGCACCGCAAACACCGGACGCACAAAACGGAAAAGGUGAAGAAACACAAAAAGAAGAAGAGGAGAAGAAUUUCCGACAGCAGCGAGAGCGGUGAGGACUAUAGUGACCCAGACUUUCUAGUGUGAUGAGUGCGGUGGUGUGUUUCUCGCACCCGUUUCUGUACAUAUUUGAAGAUUAUCACGGACGAGGAGGACUGCAAUCGGUAAGCGAGUCACCGACACGCGUGUGCGCGGUAGUUCGGUUGUCUCUUGUGUUUUUAUUCUUUCUUUAUUCUUUGCGUGAUCGAAAUAUGCUAAGGAGUAAACCAGUGUCGGACGCUUUGGAAUCGCGACGAGACUGCGUCGAUGCACACGAAACGGACUCGUAAAACUUUUUCGUGAGACUAACAAAGUGGUAGGAUCGUUAUUGGCGUGAAAUGAUGUACAGAGGACGGUGGUGCUCUGCGAGAAUGCGUGCGAUGACUUUGAUUGCUAGGUGGCAAGAGAGUGUAAGAUUAAGGAACGAGGACGAAAUAAAAGUUUUAAACGCGGAUCGUCCCGCGGCGAUCCAUUAGCAUUGUAUCUAUUGUUGGCAAGAGAUGGUGGAUGCGUCUAAAGAUUUCUCAGUCCGUGUUGAAUCCUUUCGAGUGUUGAAUCGCUCGCGUGACUGGAGGGUGGAACUUGGUUUAGUCACGAAUAGUAAUAUAACGAUCGUUGUUUCUACGGUAAGAUGUUAGUUCAUCGUUCAAUCGUAAAAUGCGAACAAUUCCUAUCAGCGUUUUCUUUUUUAUUUUUCGAGACCCGAAAUCAAGAAGAGAAAUUCAUUUGGUCGUUUAAAUAUUUAUCUGCAGAGUUGUUAACGAGUAGGUAAAAUUAAAAGAGUACAAAAUUAGAUUAAAAAGAUAAAAUUUGAAUGAUUCAAAUUAGAGAUAAAAAGCUCGACGAAAGCCCCGAACCAAGUUCCCAAUUCGACAGAUCGAGAGUACAAUAGAAUCGUCGUGACUACGUCACAUUUUUUCUUUUCUCAAGCAAAGAAUUGCCGGUGUAAAUAAUAACGAUACGUGGUGAUCUUUUUUUUUUCUACGAUUAGAUUCGGUCUUUAUCGCGGAAGAAAGUUAGAGAACUAAUGCUGUAUGUUUCUGUUUUCGACCUGUUUGAAGAAGAAUACGAAAGUUCCGAGGAAAUCGUUAAAAUUCCUUAGCGGGAGAAAAGAAAAGUGAGAAACGCAUAAAACGGUUUAGACUUGAUCCACGGUAUGUACAAUAGAGAGACGUGUAGUAGAAAAUGAUUAAAAUGAAAGAAAAAAGAAACACAUUGCCUAUGCAUUAUAUGCGAGAUGAAAACGAGAGUAAGAGGAAAAAAAAACGUUGUUUGUAAUAUCUGUACAUACAAAUUUCAAGUAAAGUAUCUUAUUUUCUUACAAACUAUAUAGCGGUGACAUUACGAAAGAAUACUUAAAAUUUUGUUGUAAUAUUAAGUAUUUAUUCAGAAUUCAUGUUGUCCCAAUAUAGUUUGCUUUAUGCACACACACACACACACACACACGUACACACACACAUUCGACUCGUCUUUUGGUGUAACUGAACAAACGGAAGAACUAUCGUUUUUAUACAAGCUUAGAAGUAAACGAAGCAAAAACUGAAUAGAAAACGAAAAAGUGCAGAACGAAAAGGAAGUCUGAUGGCAAGAAUAAGAAUCGAAGGAGAGAAAGGCAAUUACAACGUAUUUCUGAAGUGAACAAGAUAAUUUAUGGUUGGCGAAUGAGAGGGUCGACUUUGGAAGAUUGAAGAAUGAGAGGGCAUUCUGGAUUGCGCAGUUUCUCGUUUCGUUUCCUCCGCGAUGGCAUUCGCAGAUUCGGCUGUUCAGGGACGAGCAGCGCGUUAGAUCGGCUUUGAUCGCAGUGUAAUAUUCGUCUUUUUUAUACGUUUAUAGAGAAUCCAUUGGCCGCCAUCAACAGACAUUAGAAUCGGAGAUAAUAAAUAACCGGAGGCUGCUCGUAUCUCUGGCCCGCCGAAUUUUCCAUUUAACGCACUCACGCACACUUACGUACUGGAAUCUAGAUCGAGUCGAAUCGUUUAGGAACGAACAUGGUCAUCUCGUAGAUCGCUAGUUAAAACUUUUGUAACUCGCUUGGUAACGGGGGAAACGAGCCGCCCAGACUCUGCGCAGACCAGAAAUCUUGAUCGAGAAACGGAAACGAGGUUUUUGCUUUUCACGCGGAUCACGUCCCCUUCGUCCUACGAGAACGUUACCAUUUUACGAAAAGAAAUCGUCGUCAAUCAUUGCUGCAUUUACACACUUGGUCGUUCAUUUCUCACGGAAAAGAAAACAAGAAAACGAUACAAAAAAAAGGAGAGAAUGAGAGAGAGGGAGAGAAAGAUAGAGAGAGAGAGAGAUUACCGGCCGUUCUUCGGAUCUUCGCAUAAGAAAGGUCAGCGUCCGUGAAACUCGGCGAACGAACGUAUGUUUUAUUAGGUGAUAAAUACGCUUCUUUCGUUUUAAAACUCGAUUUAAAAAGUAGCACUUUAUUGGGGCCCAGAUGUACAUUCAUCUAUAUCUCAUCAAUAAAUCUGGCAGCAAAACGAUUAUGGAAUUCAUUCGAUUAGUUGUUAAGAGUCUCAACUACAUUUUCGCGAGGAAUGGACACGGAUCGUUCGGUCUCUUACUUCUCUUUUCUUUUCAAAUACUCGGUUUAAAAAAAAUCACAUUUUAUUUUGUUACUUCGACAUAUUUAAUAACGAAUAGAGAACGAUUGAUCCGUGUGCAUUUCUACGGCUUAGAAUUAAUGAAACGUUCUCGAACCCCUGGCAACUCGAAGUCAAUGAAACCUGCAAUGAUUCAAGUUCAAAGACUAAAACCUAAGCAUGACUCCCUUUAAUCGCUUUCCCUGCGUCUACUAAACACCGGCUCAAAAUUUUCUCGCGGUCGAUCGCGGUCCAGCGGGUCCCGUGUCCGAUUCUUUACCGUCCUCUUUACCGUGUGCAAUGCUAGAAAUUAGAGAAACUAUGUAGUUCGACUGUAUCUUAUCUAUUCGCGGUGAGACCUGAGAGACGCCGCUUGAACGUCAAUAUUCGGAUAUUCCUCGGAACGCACGGUCACUUUCUCGAUUUGCGUUCGUCAGAAACGGCGUCGCGGACCGUUCGAUGGAUCCCGGAUCGCCGAUCGACGCGAGGGAGCAAGGAGAAAGAAGAGUCGAGCACACACAUACCUGUUGCGCGGGAGGGUGCGAAGGGGGUGAAGCGCAUUCAGAGUGGAUCUUCGAAGCUGUACAAAUGUUCAAGCGUGUACAUAUUUAUUAUAAAUAGAAAGGAAAGCGAAGAAGUCGAGAAUUCGUUGACGAUGGUGUGUGAGUGAACAAGGGACGAAUUUACAGGAGCGAAUGGGGGCGGGGAAGUUGAAGCGUUUCAUUAAGCACUUUAUUGUUCGUUGUAAUAAACUUCUAGAAAAAAAGGUAUAUAUUGAA